GUGGCCCUCCAUAACUAGAGUGGGGUCCUCACUAUAAAACGAGUUUGACACCCCUGUUUUUAAUGUUUGAAGAAGGCAGUGAAGCACCACCGUCACGUCAGCUGCGUCCACGUUUUGUCACCGGACACCACAAAUUCCACAAAAGUGUUAUCCAAUGAGGUGACGGCGGAGGCGUGGCCAAGUAAUGUUUACGUCUGGCCCGCAGAGCUUGAGAAGUGGGCCACCUCCGUGUAAAGAUCACCUGUCACAGUAGAGGCACCCGGAUAGUCCGAUGAGUCACUGCAAGACAGGCGACAAGAAGACUUCAGUGAGAGCUUCCAUGCUGAGGAGAGGACGGAGCGGCCGGGCUCGACAUUUGGCCUGGACUGAAAUGCGGCGCGGGACGGAUUCCUUGGCGGUUAUGACGACGACAUGCGGAGAAGACGACCGGGAAAGGCGGACAACAACGCAGUCUGAGGCGGAUCAGCUGACGUGCUCCCAGACUGUCCCUGAGGUGACGAGGGAGGCGGCGGAGGAGGCGGCGGAGGUCCCGCCCAGCCUGGUGCCGGUGGUCGGGGAGUCCUUCUGCCAGUGCGUCCAAGAAGACGAGCUGAGCCCAGGCUCGGGCAUCACCACAGAAUGCCUGUGCGGCGAGGAGGACCACGGCUUCCAUUGGGUGUGGGACGGCAACGUCAAGUCGUCAGGCGCCUUCCUCAGCUGCGACGACAGGAAGGUGAGUUUCCACUCAGACUACAGCUGCGGCACCGCCGCCAUCCGAGGCACCAGGGAGCUGAGCGACGGGCAACACUUCUGGGAAGUCAAGAUGACGUCCCCCGUCUAUGGAACGGACAUGAUGGUGGGAGUAGGAACCUCCGAGGUCAACCUGGAGAAAUUCAAAUAUAACUUUGGAAGCCUGCUGGGUCACGAUGAAGACAGCUGGGGGCUCUCCUACACAGGUCUCUUCCAGCACAAAGGGGACAAAACCAAGUUCUCCUCGCAGUUCGGCCAAGGCUCCAUCAUUGGAAUGCACCUGGACACCUGGCACGGUACUUUGACCUUCUACAAGAAUCGACGAUGCAUAGGUGUGGCUGCCACCAGGCUGCAGAACAAGAAGUUGUACCCCAUGGUGUGCUCCACGGCAGCCAAGAGCAGCAUGAAGGUGAUCCGCGCCUGUUACACGCCCACCUCCUUGCAGUACCUCUGCUGCACGCGGCUUCGCCAAAUGUUCCCCGCCUGCCCUGACAUAGCAGCCGCUCUGGAGUUACCGCCGGGGCUGUGCACCCUCCUGCGCUCGCAGCUCGGCUGGGUCUUCUCCAUCUCCAACACCGUUGCAAGCGCCAGCAGCAGCAACAUGGAAGCUUCUGAGCAACACAGCGACGACACACGCCCCCCUUCCAGGGCCCGCACCAGUCCGCUCCCUGACGCCGCCCUGCAGCCGUGUCCCUGUUCUACAUCCUCUUGUACUUGCUGCUGCCCCCCGACGCCCCCUAGCUGCGGCUCUGAGCCAGAAGAUUACCAGAGCAAACGAUGCCGCUGGACAUAAAGUUAAAGUACCAACGAUUGUCUCACACACACACUAGGUGUGGUGAAAUUAUCCUCUGCAUUUGACCCGUCACCCUUGUUCACCCCCUGGGAGGUGAGGGGAGCAGUGAGCAACAGCGGUGGCCGCGCCCGGGAAUCAUUUUGGUGAUUUAACCCCCAAUUCCAACCCUUGAUGCUGAGUGCCAAGCAAAGAGGUAAUGGGUCCCAUUUUUAUAGUCUUUGGUAUGACUCGGCCGGGGUUUGAACUCAAAACCUACAUGAACUGCACCUUUUUAAACUCUGCGUUUCCUGUUGGAAAUAAGACGAUGUCAAAUACUACCUACCGGUUUGACCCGAAUAUAAGACGACCCAAAAAAUAUUUUUAAGAAAAAAAAUGUGACAGGAAGAAAAGCUCACUUUCUUGGAGAGAAGUCGUGGCUGCCGGUGGGUUUGCAGUUUAAAAAAAAAAAAAAAAAAUUCUAAAGGAAUAGACCAGGGGUCCCCAAACUACAGCCCGCGGGCCGGAUACGGCCCCCCAGCGUCCAAAAUCCGGCCUGCGGGAAGUCCCAAGUUAAAAAAAAAAAAAACAUUUAUUUUUUAUUUUUAUUUUUUGUAAUUUGUCCUUACUAGUCCUUUUUCUAUCCUCUCCUAGCCACUCAGGCAAAUCAUAUUGUCUAAAAAUGCAUUUUACCAUCGAUAACGUGACAUGCAGCAAGUGCGCUCUUUAAGUCAAUUAGUGCGCGAGGAAUAUAUAUAUAUAUAUAU